UCUGCGAGCAGCAGAGAGCGCGUCGCGGCAGAGGACCGGCAGCCAGACAGACGCAAGAACAGACGCAGACCCAGACCCGCUUCAUAAAGGGGGCUAAAAAUGAAUUCCAAACUUACUUUGAACAGAGCGUGUGCAUGGAGCGGUCGUCGACGACCCGACCUGGAAAUAUUGAAGUUUAUUUACAAUACAUGUGUACAUAUGUAUGUACAUGGUAGUUUAUUGUGGCCUGCACAUGUCGUCUCUGUUAUAGUUUAUAUCCAUAGUGAUUGAGGUAGCCCUCGAAGAUGCCUCGACAGCGAACUCUUCCCCUUUGAAAGACACCACGUGUGUUUCCGAUAAGCUACAUUUCCAUACAUAUAUAUGUAUGUACAUGUGCGAGAGACGAGUGUUGUGUCGUGUGUGUGCGCGAGUAUGAAAUAGAACCGAAAACUGAAUAAAGGCAUUUGGAAGAGCGCGAAAUAAAAGUAACUGUAUUUUAAUCGACGGGCGAGCUCCACGCUGGCACUGAGCACGCUUAAAUUGUGCUGAUAAAAUAAGUAAAGCAACGCAAAACCCCAUCGGGAGAACAAUAAAAGCAAUGGUCUUACAAAGGUUUACAUAAAAAGUUAAAAAAAAAGCAGGAACCCUCGCUAUAGGAAACAGGAAAUCCUAGAGAUACGCAAGAGCUCCUCACCAGCAACCCCUAAUUCAAGUCUCUUUCUUGAGUAAAGCCCAAACCAAAGUUGUGUAUAAUGGCGCGUAUUCAGGCGAGCGAUUCUCUUAUACCCCGACAAAUUUUUGAGAUGCCUCCCGCCGCCGAGCAGCUAAGCCGGGAGAACCAGUCCUCCAUCGCUGACAGUGACAGCCAGGGCUCCGGCGUGAAGCUCAAGAAACAGAUCGGCCUGCUUGAUGGUGUGGCCAUCAUCGUGGGUGUCAUAGUGGGCUCCGGCAUCUUCGUCAGCCCCAAAGGUGUGCUCAAGUUCUCCGGAUCAAUUGGACAAUCGCUCAUCGUCUGGGUGCUAUGUGGUGUUCUCAGUAUGGUCGGCGCUCUGUGCUACGCGGAACUGGGCACUAUGAUACCCAAAUCCGGAGGAGAUUACGCCUAUAUUGGAACAGCCUUUGGUCCGCUGCCUGCAUUUCUUUAUCUAUGGGUCGCCCUGCUUAUUCUGGUGCCCACGGGCAAUGCGAUCACAGCCCUGACUUUUGCACAGUACCUUCUGAAGCCCUUCUGGCCCUCCUGCGAGGCGCCCGCUGAGGCCGUACAGCUGCUGGCGGCUGCCAUGAUAUGUGUGCUGACCGUGAUCAACUGCUACAAUGUUAAGUGGGUGACACGUGUGACUGAUAUAUUCACAGGAACCAAGGUGGUGGCCCUUCUUGUUAUUGUCGGAGCGGGCGUCUGGUACUUGGCGGAUGGCAAUACGGAGCAUUGGGAUAAGCCCUUCAGCGGGGGCAAUCUUUCUCCGGGAUAUAUUGCUCUAGCGUUCUACAGUGGCCUCUUCUCCUACUCCGGCUGGAAUUACCUCAACUUUGUCACUGAGGAGCUGAAGGACCCCUAUCGCAAUCUACCCAAAGCCAUUUGCAUCUCCAUGCCGUUAGUGACGAUAAUUUAUAUGGUCACGAACGUUGCUUACUUUUCGGUGCUGUCCACCGACGAAAUACUUUCAUCGGAUGCGGUGGCAGUCACCUUUGGGGACAAGAUGCUGGACUAUAUGUCUUGGGUGAUGCCCUUUGCAGUGGCCUGCUCGACUUUUGGCUCGCUAAAUGGCGCCAUUUUUGCAUCGUCUAGGCUGUUCUUCGUAGGGGCACGCAACGGACACCUACCAGCAGCCAUUUCUCUCAUCAAUGUUAACUGUCUUACGCCAGUGCCAUCGCUGAUAUUCCUGGGCGUUCUCACCCUCUUGUUGCUGUUCAUCAAGGACACCUACGUGCUAAUCAACUACGUCAGCUAUGUGGAGGCCCUGUUCACGCUUAUCUCGGUAUCGGGACUGCUGUGGCUGCGCUACAAGCAGCCCAAGGCGGAGCGACCCAUUCGCGUCAACCUGGCACUGCCGAUCAUCUAUCUGAUCGUUUGCCUCUUCCUGGUAAUAUCCUCGUGCUCGCAAUCGCCCUAUGAAGUCGGCAUUGGCACAAUAAUCAUCCUGUCCGGCAUUCCGAUCUACUAUCUGACCAUUCACCAUCCGGUCAAGUGGCUGGCGGACACCUCGCAGUCCAUCAAUCUGUGGUGCUCCAAGUUCUUUAUUUGUAUGCCCAAUCAGGAAAAGUUCGAUUAGAGAUUGAGGAGAGGUAAGGUGCCUUCAGCGAAUGCAUCGAUCGGGCCCAAGUCUCAAGCUAUCGCUAAUAUUGAACAUUUUAAUUCUACGCACAACAUUACGGAAGUGUUAUUG